UUAAAAGAAAAAAAGAAAAUGAUUCCUCGCCAUCGUCCUCAACCUCGUGAACCCCCUCAAGCUCAGAGAAAAUCUCUCCCUCUCAACGUAGCCGCUUGCGUCUCUCUCAAUUUCACUCACACCCAAAACCCCUUAAUCGCAUCUCAGCAAAGUCUCUAUCAACAAACACACGAAAAUGAUAAAAGGAAAAAAGGAAGAAUUCUCACAAAGUGUCACGGCGGCGAUGAAAGGCGUGAAGAAGUUGGCCUCCCAAUCCAGGGUUUGGAUGAGCUCAAAAGAGUAUGGAAUUGGAAGUGCUUUCUUUUUGUGCUGCUCUGUUGUCUAUCCCAUUUUGGUGUUUGCUCUGAAAAAAGUGAAUUAAAGGAGCAUUGGUUUGAUUUUUCUAUCCAACUGUGGAUAUCUGCACUGAAUUGCAUUGGGAUUUGCUUUGAUUCCUUAUCUGAACUGUUUGCCUUUUGAUCAUGGACUGAAUGCUUGCCUUGAAUAAUUGCUGCAUUACUUGGACUCUGCAGGACAUCUAGUACUUCAAUAGACGUGCUCAAAAAUCUUCCCAAAGCUCCUGCUACCCUGCUUCCAAGGUGAUUUUCAGCAAUGCAAAGAGAUCUCCAUGGUGCAUCAAGAAGAUAAUUAACUCCAUCAUGAGACAGGUCACAAGCUUUUGGUUUCAAAGAAGUCACACGGCGGCAUGUUCCAGAUGUUCCAGCAAAAUAUGGGGUUUUGGUCACAUGGUUGUUAAGUAUGCCAAAGCUUUUGGUGCUAAUGUUACUGUAAUUAGUACUUCACUUUAGAUGGUAUCCUUGAUACAGUUUCUGCGAAUCAUCGAAUUGUGCCUCUAAUUGGAUUACCGAAGUUUCACGGAAAACUUGUAAUGGUUGGUGCACCAGAUAAGCCUUUGGAGCUUCCUGUCUUUCCUUUACUUCAAGGCAGAAAGUUGGUUGCUGGAAGUGCGAAGGACUUGAUUACCAUUACAUCCAGUCAGUUAGUCGGUGAGUCUAAAAGCUACAGAUUAUUGGGAAACAUCCACGAUUUGAACUUUUCUGAGGCGUUGAAGCUCGUAGAGGGCUUGAACUGCAGCAGAAUCAAAUGAGCUCUUCUUAUCAGCUCUAGCUUCUCCUUUGCAUUCUAUAUUACCAUCAUCUGGUAUGCACCAACUUACUUUCGACACAAAACAGUUUGUUCCUUUGCUUCCUUCCAGGCCUUCGCACGAUUGAAAUUGACUUCUGUCCUCGUAUUCUGUUGAAUCAAAUGAAGGCAAUGGCCACUGCUUUUUCUUACACAAUGCAUAUAGUAGGCUCCGGGGUCCUCCCUUGUUCAUAUUAAUUGAUAAAACUGGAACGGAACCACUACAAUCGGAGGAUUCACUGGAAGUCUCCUUGAUAUCAGAAGUAGAUUCCUUUGCUGUUAAGUUAGAUUUGUCCAAUUUGGGCCUUUUAUGUGCUACUGGCUUUAUUUGUGGAUUUUCUAGAAGCUUUUCUGGUUUGUGUAUUACGACCAAAUUCGGUUGUUCGACUGUUACUUUGAGAAGGUAACAGUAUGCUUUCAGUGAUACAAUCAACUUCAACAGCUUCUUGUCCAUCAUUAUUUGUCUGUCCAGGAUUGUCUGCAGCACAAGUAUCCUUGAUGGAAACACGGUUACCCUUGGAAAGAAGAUCUGGCACAUCCUUUGGAGAGCUACUGGUGACUAAAACAGAAGAGGACUGGCCUGAUUCGGGAUAAGAUGGUUUUCUAAUGGUAGAGUUAGCAGUUCCAUCUGCAGAACAAUCCUUCAAUAUACAGAAAUUAUCCUCUAUUUGCAAUAUGUCAUUCUUCAAUUCACUCAGUGGAUCCGGCAGGGUAGGCUGACAUAGUGAAUCAACUACAGGUGAAGUCCUCGAGGUCCUAUUAAAAUCUGGUGAGGGUGAUGACUGUACACGUGAAUUAUCAGUGAUUUCUUUAUCAACAGUGGCUCUUAUCU